AUGGCUCAUGUCAGUCCUAAGCAAAUGAUUGGGAGCGAUCAAGAGGUGUCAUAUGAUUCAAAUGCGACUUCAAAUAAAAAUACAAACUCUAGCAUAGAUGCUUUAGACAUUUACUCGGAUUCAAAUGUCUCCCACGAUAUACGGUCACCCAAACGCCCUGCUUCUUUAGAAUUGCGCAAUAUCGCUUUCGCUCAAGUUUCAGGUUCUGUGAUGAGAAGUCUUAUUUCACACGAGAGUGUGUCCCCAUGGACGUUGAAAACAACUGAAAGUGCGGAAUUUGACAAACUUCUUGGACAGUUGGGGAAUAAUGGAUCGACUACCGUUACCCCUACAAGUUUCCUGAAUCCAAACAACAUAACAGAAGAUCAAGAAUCUUUUGCAGACAAAUUCACUAAAAGGCUCGAUAAACUCAAGGAAGAACGCGAAGGUUGGAUUCCAAAUCUUGCAAGUGAAUGCUCUAAGGUCGAUCCUGUGGUAGUAGGCGAUCUUUCACGUUACAAUGACCAAAGCGAAAAUAAUUCACAUAUGCCUAUCUCUCCCAUGCAUCACAUUAUGUAUGAAGGUGAUGAGACCGACAAACGAAUUGCUCUCGCUCAAUCAAAGAGGCUUAAACCACUACCCGCUUUGACUUCCGUUGCCAAAACGCUUCAUCGCAAUGGGACUAGUUGCGGGUUAUCAAUAUCGAGCAAUAUUGCGGCAAAUUCAGUCCAGCUUUAUUCUAGUGGAGAUUCGCCUGGGGUUUGUAGCACUCAUAGUGGACCGAUACUUUCUAAUUCUUCCGCUUCUUCAGGUAGCCCUCCAUCUGGACUGAUUGGCCAGCAUUCCAUUUCAGGUAUUCCUCUACAUUAUAUCACAACAAAUCUACUUUCGAGCGAUACCACUAUAAGUGAAGUUGAAAAUAAUAAUAUUUUGACGGUACUCUCAUCAGCACCUAAUGAUUCCAUUAAUACCGCAAUUUUCGUCCCAGCAAUUAACGCAACAAGCAGCAUUUUUUCUUCUUUAUCGACCAAUUCUGUCUGUGGUGCUCUUUCCCCAAUAAUCUCUACCGAUGUUUCCAGCACGAAUCUACAUUCAAAUGUGCCUAGAGUCUAUGGUGAUGUGCAAUUGGGAUGUUCAAUGGAUACGCUCCCUCAGCUUGUACACGCUUCUUUGCCCUUUCAGAACGUUCGUCAUUUUGUUUCAGCCGCUUCAGAUGGGCGUAUCCUUCAACAAUUGAACACUUCUGGAAUGUCACCUACAAGCCAACAACAUUUGACAGUUCUUCCUCCAUCAUCUGCAUUGUUAGCUUCCGUAGCUGCUGCCUCGAAUAACAUCGGGGGACUAACUACUCUGGGGCUAGGCGGCCUCAGUAAUGCUCUUAAUGCGGCUGCUACCGUUGUGGGCAAUUCAAGUAUCGACGCCAACGCAGAGGCGACCUUGACUCAAGAUGAGUGUACUUUAUCGGAUUCUGAGCGCCAGCAACAUUCACUCAUUCAGCAAUACCAAAAUCAGAUCAUCCUCAGCGAUGAAAAUGGCUCAGCUCAUCUAUUAGUAAAUACAGAUGGUAUUCCAGCUGAUCAGACCCAAAUAGGUGCAAAUCGAUUUGGCGUCAUUAAUCCUCAAGUGCUGCAGCCAGCAAGGCCAAUAUCAUUGCCUCCUCUGAACCCUCGGGUCAUGACUGUUCAGCACGUUGCCGACCAACAGCCAUGCACGUUUCCAAAUCCCUCUGCAUUAGAUAGACAUGGAUUGCCUGGGACUCCUGCUUCCCUAAACUCGGAUAUCCAGCAGGAAUCAACCCAAGUGCCGGUCGACCCUAAUAGACCUCGUCCACAGAUUGUAGAUUCUACGAAAUCUUCAAAAAGUGGCUCUGUUUGUGGUAGGUCGCUGGGCGGUCGUAGACGUGGUGCUGCCACGGCUGCUGCCGCAGCCGAAUUGAUGCGUCAAACAAAUGGCAUGAAGCCCCUGCCUCCCUUGCAUGCAAGCUGCACUUCAUCUCCCUCGGCACCAUCCAAUCUAAUCACUGGAUCCUCACUACUUUCGGCAUGCGCGUCCCUUCAGCCUGCUCAACUGCAAAAUACUGCUCUACCCCCACCCAAUGUUGUUCUUCCUUGUGCCUCUAGUCUACCCGGUUCUCCUCUGGGCCCCACUUGCAUAAAAAAAUCCCGUUCUGGUGUCGGUGAGGCUGGUUCCUCUGGCCGAGGAAAGUCGGCCGCUGUCUCUCCAAGUACGGGCGGAACCAAAUUAUCUUCGCAUCUUUUUGGCUCUGUAACUGGUGGUAGAAAAAAGUCCCCAGUUGCAUCCCAACCUUGUCUUAUGGGUACUCGAGUUGACACCGAAGUUGCUAUCUGCCAUGACGAGAUCUCGGAUCCUCGAGGAAGUGAAAUCGACAUGUUAGUGAUACAGAGAGAUUCUGGGGGGAAUCAUAUCUGUGGAGGCGAUGUGGAUGAUCUGGAUGGGACCAGCGAUGUUGAUGACGAUAAUCUCUCUAUCCCUGGAUUCGCUGAUAUGCCCAGCUCUCCGUCUAAGCAAAAACAAUGGAAAUUGGAGCGCAAGCGAGCACGUAACCGUAUCGCCGCCAGACGGUGUCGAGAACGUAAAGUCAGCCUAAUACAAUCUCUCGAAGCUAAAUUGGCUGAUCGUGAUGCCGAGAUUCGUCGGCUUCAAGCCCAGCUUGAGCGUUAUCGGAUGGAGGGGCAACAUCUAAUGAGAAGCAUGGAAGUUCUUGCUGCUACCUAUCCUUCACUUCGAGACGAACUCCCGGGCCUCUUGCGCAGCAUUCCGGAAGCCGUGAUAGUUUGCACGGCUGCGCCCAAUUCUCUUGGUGCACUCACCGUUUCUGAUUCCAUGCCGCCGCCCGCAAUUCCCGCUUCACCCCCACAUUCUCCGCUUCCAGUUUCUGUUGUACAGAUCACACCAUCGACGGUUUCAUCUACAAGAAGUGGCAUUGAUUCUAAUGCCAUUGGAGCAUUGACAUCUCCAUCUUUAUCUUCCAUCCGAUUCCCUGUCACCACUACUCUCCCACCUUUAUCUACCGCUAUUGGUACAGAAAUGCAUUUAUCUGGCCUUCCCACGUUCACUGGUUCUGGUCAGGGAAUUACUACAUAUUUAAAAGCAGAGUGA